AUGGCGACGCCACUGACGGGGCUGCAGCACAUGGACGGCGGCGGCAGAGUGGCGGUGCUGUCGAAUUCGGUGAGCAAGGUUGAUCCCUCCGCCAAUGGCGGCGGCGGCUUCGGUCGGUCGUUGUCGGAAUCUCCAAUUCUGAUAUUCUCGUUUUUCCACAAGGCGAUUCGGAACGAGCUCGACACGCUGCACCGAUUGGCGAUGGCGUUCGCCACCGGAAACUGCUCCGACAUCCAGCCCCUCUUCCAACGCUACCAUUUCCUCAGAUCGAUGUACAGACACCACUCCAAUGCUGAAGAUGAGGUGAUUUUUCCAGCUCUAGAUAUACGUGUAAAGAAUGUAGCACAGACAUAUUCCCUUGAACACCAGGGUGAAAGUGAAAUUUUUGAGCAUCUAUUUGAUCUGUUAAACUCUUCCAUCGAUAAUGAUGAAAGUUUCCCAAAGGAGUUAGCAUCCUGCACAGGAGCUCUGCAGACAUCAGUUAGUCAACACAUGGCUAAGGAAGAGGAGCAGGUAUUUCCUCUGCUUCUUGAGAAGUUCUCCCUUGAGGAGCAGGCGUCUUUAGUUUGGCAGUUUCUAUGUAGUAUUCCAGUGAAUAUGAUGACAGAAUUUCUUCCAUGGCUUUCAGCAUCUAUAUCAACUGAUGAAUCUCAGGAUUUGCGGAAUUGUUUAAGCAAGAUAGUGCCAGAGGAAAAGCUCCUUCAAAAGGUUAUUUUCACCUGGAUGGAAGGGAAAACUAGUGCUAACGCAGUUGAAAAUUGUGUAGAUCGAUCUCAGGUGCGAUGUAGUCCUAAUCCUUUAACCCAUCAGAAUGGGAAAUGUGCAUGUGAGUCUACAACAAGUGGGAAAAGGAAAUAUUCUGCAUCUAUCAUAGAUGUUUCUGAUACCAUGAGAACACAUCCUAUAGAUGAAAUAUUGUUCUGGCAUAAUGCAAUAAAAAAAGAGUUAAAUGAGAUAGCAGUGCAGACCAGAAAGAUACAACUCUCUGGAGAUUUUACUAACCUGUCAGCUUUCAAUGAAAGGUUGCAAUUCAUUGCUGAAGUUUGCAUAUUUCACAGUAUUGCUGAGGACAAGGUUAUUUUUCCAGCAGUAGAUGGAAAAUUUUCUUUCUUUAAAGAGCAUGCUGAAGAAGAAAGCCAAUUUAAUGACUUUCGGUCUUUGAUUGAAAGUAUUCAAAGUGAAGGAGCAACGUCCAGUUCAGAAACUGAAUUUUAUUCAACAUUGUGUUCACAUGCUGAUCAUAUAUUGGAAACAAUACAGAGGCAUUUUCAUAAUGAAGAAGUUCAGGUUCUUCCUCUUGCUCGGAAGCACUUUAGCUUCAAAAGGCAACGUGAACUUCUCUAUCAAAGCUUGUGCAUGAUGCCUUUGAAGUUGAUUGAGCGUGUCCUACCAUGGUUGACUAGUUCAUUAACUGAAAAUGAGGCACAGAUGUUUUUGAAAAACAUGCAAUUGGCAGCUCCAGCAAUAGAUUCUGCUUUAGUCACACUUUUCUGUGGUUGGGCUUGCAAGGCCCGUAAAGAUGGUCUGUGUUUGUCUUCAAGUUUGUCAGGCUGCUGUCCUGUUCAGAGAAUUACUGAUAUUGAAGAAAAUACUGUUCAAUCUUCCUGUACUUCUGCUUCUGUAAUGUCUGGUAGAGAUUGCUCAGUAUUAGUUCAAUUAGAUGGGACCCAACAAAGAUCAGUCAAGAGAAACAUAUUGGAGGUGCACAAAGACGAUGUCUCCAAAACAUCAGAAAGUGAAAUUAUUCAGAAACAAUGUUGUAGUUCCCGGUCUUGUUGUGUGCCAGCUUUAGGAGUCAGCAGGAACAAUUUGGGGCUGGGUCCACUAUCUACAACCAAGUCCUUACGCUCUUUGUCUUUCACUGCCUCGGCUCCAUCCCUUAAUUCUAGUCUUUUCGUGUGGGAAACUGACAACAGCUCAUGUGAUGUUGGUUCUACAGAAAGACCGAUAGAUACCAUAUUUAAGUUCCAUAAAGCCAUACGCAAAGACUUGGAGUAUUUAGACAUUGAAUCUGGAAAGCUCUGUGAUGGUGAUGAAACAAUUAUUCGGCAAUUUAGUGGAAGAUUCCGGCUGUUGUGGGGUUUAUAUAGAGCUCACAGUAAUGCUGAAGAUGAUAUAGUAUUUCCUGCACUUGAAUCCAAAGAGACACUUCAUAAUGUGAGCCAUUCGUACACACUGGAUCAUAAGCAGGAGGAAAAAUUAUUUGAAGAUAUUUCUUGUGUACUUUCUGAACUUUCUGUCCUUCAUGAAGUCUUGCAGAGGACCCAUAUAUCAGCAGAUUUAAGUGAAAUUUUUUUUGGAAUUUCUGAUGCCAAUGAUAGUGAUAAUAUCAAGAAGUACAAUGAGCUUGCAACUAAGCUUCAAGGAAUGUGCAAAUCUAUUAGAGUAACCCUUGAUCAACAUAUUUUUAGAGAAGAGCUUGAGCUCUGGCCACUGUUUGGAAAACAUUUCACUGUGGAAGAACAAGACAAGAUAGUGGGCCGGAUAAUUGGAACCACGGGUGCUGAAGUGCUCCAGUCAAUGUUACCUUGGGUAACUUCCGCACUUACAGAGGAUGAACAGAGCAAAAUGAUGGACACAUGGAAACAGGCAACUAAAAACACCAUGUUCAAUGAAUGGCUAAAUGAAUGCUUGAAAGAAAGUCCUGUAUCUACAGCACAGGCAGAAACUUCAGAGCGUAGCACUUCUCAAAGAGGUGGAGAUUAUCAAGAAAGUUUGAACCUGAAUGAUCAGAUGUUCAAGCCAGGUUGGAAAGACAUUUUCCGGAUGAAUCAGAAUGAACUUGAGUCAGAAAUUCGGAAGGUCUACCGUGACUCAACUCUUGAUCCAAGGAGAAAGGCGUAUCUUGUGCAGAACCUAAUGACAAGUCGCUGGAUAGCUGCCCAACAGAAGUUACCUAAGGUUCCAUCUGGGGAAUCUACGAGUAAACAAAUAGAAGGAUGCUCACCAUCAUUUCGGGACCCAGAGAAAAAAAUAUUUGGUUGUGAGCACUAUAAGCGAAAUUGCAAGCUUCGAGCUGCGUGUUGCAGCAAGUUAUUUACUUGCAGAUUUUGUCAUGACAAUGCUAGCGAUCACUCAAUGGAUAGAAAAGCAACAAUGGAAAUGAUGUGUAUGCAUUGCCUGACUAUACAACCUGUUGGGCCUGUAUGCAUGUCACCUUCGUGUAAUGGACUUACAAUGGCAAAGUACUAUUGCAACAUUUGCAAAUUCUUUGAUGAUGAAAGGAAUGUUUAUCAUUGCCCAUAUUGCAAUAUAUGCCGCGUUGGACAAGGGCUUGGAAUUGAUUAUUUUCAUUGUAUGAAGUGCAAUUGUUGCCUGGGGAUAAAAUCAGCCUCUCAUAAGUGCCUGGAGAAAGGUUUAGAAAUGAACUGCCCAAUUUGCUGUGAUGACUUGUUCACAUCAAGUGCAACAGUGAGAGCUUUACCAUGUGGGCAUUACAUGCAUUCAUCUUGCUUUCAGGCAUACACUUGUAGCCACUACACGUGUCCAAUCUGCAGCAAAUCAUUGGGAGAUAUGGCGGUUUACUUUGGUAUGCUUGAUGCUUUAUUGGCCGCUGAGGAGCUUCCUGAAGAGUACAGGGACCGCUAUCAGGAUAUACUGUGCCAUGACUGUGACCGAAAGGGCACUUCACGCUUCCAUUGGCUAUAUCACAAAUGUGGAUGUUGUGGCUCAUACAAUACCCGGGUAAUCAAGAGUGAGGCAACAAAUUCUAGCUGCCUUUAG